CGCUAUCUCGCCGCGACACUUGGGAGGGCGUUUAAACCCUUUGCACGGCGGAUAUGUCUGAGCAGGGGAAGCACGGGACGAGCGCGGAAACGGCGGGCGCGAGCGAGCCGGUCAGGUUCGAGAGCACCGUGCCGAAAAUCAGGCAGCAGUUGCUGAGAUGGAACGGCUGGGGCUACAACGACUCCGGGUUUCGCUUGAAUGACAGGAGCGUGAUAGAGUUCACCGGUGACAGAUAUCCCAUUGGAAGCCGGGAGCUCCCAUAUUUCACAAAAUGGUGCGAAACAACUUUCGAUAUAACAUGGGAGAUGAAGAAAACGCCUCAAAAUUUACCAAAGCGCUUUCCAGAAGCAAUUCUCUCAGCAGAAUUGUUGGAAGCGAUCGAGGAAUUGACGAUCGAAUAUUCAACCGAUGGCAUCGAUCGUAUGUUUCGAGCACACGGUCACACAUUGCGGGAAAUUUAUCUUUUGAAGUACAGCUCCUUCGAAAGGAUACCGGAUGUUGUCCUGUGGCCCAAGUGCCACGAGGAUGUCGUCAAGAUUGUCAAUAUGUGCGCACGCUAUGGUGCCGUCUGCAUACCUUUCGGUGGUGGAACCAGCGUCAGCCGCGCGACAUGUUGUCCCCUGGAUGAACGCCGUACGAUAAUUUCAUUAGACACUUCACAAAUGAAUCGAAUAUUGUGGAUAGAUAGGGACAAUUUGUUGAUAUGCUGCGAAUCGGGCAUCAUCGGUCAAGAUCUGGAGCGGUUGCUUCGCUCCGAAGGAUUCACGUGCGGCCACGAACCGGAUUCUUACGAGUUCUCCAGUUUAGGUGGAUGGGUGGCGACUAGGGCAAGCGGCAUGAAAAAGAAUACGUACGGCAACAUUGAGGAUUUGGUCGUGCGGAUGCGAAUGGUCACCGGGAGAACAGAGGAUCCUGUUAUCAGUUUGGAAAGAGGCAGUCUGGUACCCCGCGCGUCAUGCGGCCCGGAUUUCGAUCAUAUGAUACUCGGCAGCGAGGGAACGCUGGGUGUUGUCACGGAGAUCAUAUUAAAGAUAAGACCGUUACCGCGAGUGACGAAAUACGGCAGUAUUGUAUUUCCGCAUUUUAUGAGCGGCGUUCACGCAUUGCGAGAGAUUGCGAAGGAACGAUGUCAACCCGCCAGCAUACGCUUAAUGGACAACGAGCAGUUCCAAAUGGGCCAGACUUUACGCCCGGAGUCUGGUUGGGGCGGUUUGAUCCUGCAAGGACUAAAACAUAUGUACAUCACUAGAAUAAAGGGUUUCCGAUGGGAUCAGAUGUGCGUGGCCACGCUACUGAUAGAGGGUGACGCGGCGGCGGAUGUCGCGGCUCAGGAACAAAAAAUUUACAAGAUAGCCGAUAAAUACGGUGGCAUACCGGCAGGCGAGGCGAACGGUGAACGGGGUUACAUGUUGACAUUCGUGAUAGCGUACAUCCGCGACUUUGGACUCGAGUUUAACGUGUUAGCGGAGUCGUUUGAGACUUCCGUUUCUUGGAACCGCGCAUUAUCACUGUGCAGAAAUGUUAAGUCUCGCGUGGCCAGGGACUGUAAGGCGCACGGCGUUCGUAAAUAUUUUAUUUCCUGUCGCGUCACGCAGACCUACGACGCCGGUUGUUGCGUGUAUUUUUACUUGGCGAUUAGCUACGUGAACAUGGAGAAUCCCGUGGAAACGUACGAGGCCAUCGAGCAUGCGGCGCGAGAGGAAAUACUCGCCAAUGGAGGCUCGCUCUCCCAUCAUCACGGAGUAGGUAAAAUACGAGCUUCGUUUUAUCCCGAAGCCGUUGGGGAAGCGGGCGUUUCCCUUUACCGAGCGACCAAGGCGCACUUGGAUCCGCAUAAUAUAUUCGCAGCGGGCAACAUGGUUUCAGGGAAUAAAUCAAAAUUGUGAAUUUACAAAUAAACGCUGGGGGAAUCUGUAGAGCUACUCCGUUAGUGCCGAUAUCUUGAAUCAUUGAAAAGUUUAACUGCAGCAAAUUGACGUGAUCUCGUAUCCUUCAACCAAAGGUUACAACAUCUCAUCAACUUGCCAUCAAGACCAGUUUCGUGCGAGUGUUUUUUAAGGAGAAUGCACGUAGAUAGCAAAUACGAAGCAAUUGGCAUUGUUUGCUGACCUUGUGUAAUAAUGACAUGGAGAAAAAAAAAGAGACUAGUAUAGUAUACAUUAUAAAUAAUUAUGCACCGUGGCGUCGUUUGGUACAAAUGCGGAAUUGUAAUUGUAUCGGCAUUUUUAUAAAUUAUUAUAGCUAACAAAA